AUGGUGAAGUUCUCGCGGGAGUACGAGGCCAGCGUCAUCCCGGAGUGGAAGGGGGCCUUCGUCGACUACAAGGGCCUCAAGAAGCUCAUCAAGAAGAUCAAGCUCGUACUGCGCGACGCCGGCGGCAGCAGCGCGGGAGACUCCUUGCCGGAGACUGCCGCCGGCGUCGAGAGCAUCGGCUAUGACGGUGACUUCUCCGUGCUCGACCCCGUCCGCGCCCUCACAGCCCGGCUCGCGCCCAGGGUGCAGGUCUCCGCGGAGGACGAGGAGAGCGGGGAUUCCGGGGAGCUCGUGCCACCCACGGACAAGCAUGAGCGGGAGUUCUUGGAGAAGGCGGACGAGGAGCUGGAGAAGGUGAACUCCUUCUACGCGACAAAGGAGGCGGAGCUGCUGGGCCGCGGCAAGGCGGUCAUCGACCAGCUGCGCAUCCUCGCCGACGUCAAACGCAUCCUGGCCGACCACGCCGCCACUCGCCGCGCCAGAGGCACCCUCCCGGAGGUGGCACCCCCCUCGCCGGCGCUCAGCGGCUCUGGCCGGUGCCUCCUCUCCGGCCCCGACACGCCACAGUCCAUGUCAGAUGGGAGCGUGGAGGAGGGCGCGGCGGUGGCGGACGAGGUGAUGGCGGCGCUGGAGCGCAACGGGGUCAGCUUCGUGGGGCUGCCCGGCAAAAAGGACGCCAAGAAGGAGGGCAGCGGCAGGGGCGGGAGGCUGCAGCUGCCGUCGACGGUGCGCAUCGACAUCCCGGCGAGCAACCCGGGGCGGGCGGCGCUCAAGGUGUGGGAGGAGCUGGUGAACGUGCUGCGCAAGGACGGCGCCGACCCCGCCGCCGCCUUCGUCCACCGGAAGAAGGUCCAGCACGCCGAUAAGAACAUCCGCGACGCCUUCAUGGCCCUCUACCGCGGCCUCGAGCUGCUCAAGAAGUUCAGUUCUCUGAAUAUAAAGGCCUUCACUAAGAUUCUCAAGAAAUUCGUCAAGGUGUCAGAGCAGCAGCGAGCAACGGACCUUUUCUCGCAGAAGGUGAAGACAUCGUCGUUCAGCACAUCCGACAAGGUGCUUCAGCUGUCGGACGAAGUGGAGUCACUCUUCCUGAAGCACUUCGCAGGCAACGACAGGAUGGUGGCCAUGAAGUACCUCAACCCGCAGCAGCGCAAGAGCACGCACAUGAUCACCUUCCUCGUAGGGUUGUUCACGGGCACAUUUGUGAGUCUGUUCAUCAUAUACACCAUCCUGGCACAUGCUUCUGGCAUUUUCGCCUCUGCCGGAGACACGGCCUACAAGGAACUAGUGUACCAUGUCUUCAGCAUGUUCGGGCUCAUCAGCCUGCACUGCUUCCUCUACGGAUGCAACCUGUUCAUGUGGAAGAGCACACGGAUCAACCAGAACUUCAUAUUCGACUUCAUGCCCAACACUGCCCUCACACACCGGGACGCCUUCCUCAUGUCCGCCUUCAUCAUGUGCACCGUUGUCACCGCGCUGGUCAUCAACCUCUUCCUCAUAGAUGCCGGUGUGUCCUACCCCAAUGCCGUGCCAGGGGCACUCAUAGUGUUGUCAGCUGGAGUUUUAUUCUGUCCGUUCAACGUGUUCUACCGGUCGACGCGCUACUGCUUCAUGCGCAUCAUGCGCAACAUCAUAUUCUCGCCAUUCUACAAGGUUCUGAUGGCCGAUUUCUUCAUGGCUGAUCAGUUAACUAGUCAGGUCCCAUUGUUAAGGCACAUGGAAUUUGCAGCGUGCUACUUCAUGGCAGGAAGCUUUAGGGCUAACCCAUAUGAGACUUGUACUAACAGCCAGCAGUACAAACAUCUGGCCUACGUGAUCUCUUUUCUCCCUUACUAUUGGAGAGCUAUGCAGUGUUUAAGAAGUUACCUGGAGGAACAUGACGUAGAUCAGCUCGCCCACGCCGGAAAGUACAUGUCGGCGAUGGUCGCGGCUGCUGUCAGGUUCAAAUACAAAGCAACACCGACGCCAUUCUGGGUGUGGAUGGUCCUCAUCUCGUCCACAGGCACCACCGCCUACCAGCUCUACUGGGACUUUGUCAAGGAUUGGGGCUUUUUCACUCCCAAAUCUAAAAACCUAUGGCUCCGGGAUGAUCUCAUCCUGAAGAACAAGUUCACCUACUACGUCUCCAUGAUGCUAAAUCUAGUGCUUCGGCUAUCAUGGACUAAAAGUGUGAUGAAGAUUCCUAUUAAUAAGAAUGAGACUCGCCUACUGGAUUUCUUCCGUGCCUCCUUGGAAAUAAUCCGACGAGGACAGUGGAAUUUCUACAGGAUGGAGAACGAACACUUGAACAAUGUUGGCAAGUUCAGAGCAGUGAAGACUGUCCCAUUGCCAUUUCAAGAACUCGAAAUGUAUUGAUGAUUAAGACGGAGAGAAGAGUGUAACAGCGUGCUCCCGAUACCAAAGGAUCGGCUUCGUCCCCAUCCUCCAAGUCACUCCAUGCAACCGCCAGUGGCAUGAUUACCAUCGCCGAGAUGAACUCUGGCGACCGCUCCCUCUGCGAAUAGUUCACUCUUGGUGGUCCAGGCACACUCGGCGCAGCUAGGGACGCCGAGCUUGGGGCCAAUGUCCGUGGCGUCCCAGACGCAAGAAGCGUGAGACAUUAAAGUCAGGAAAACAUUGCACACUUUAAUCAGUAGAUUGUUAGACACCAAUUAGUGCAAACCACUAAUAUGGGGAUCAAUUGAUAUACUUCAUCCGUCUAUUUUA